AUGCCGCUUGCGCCGCUUAUACGCCCCAUGUCCCCGCUGCAGACGCAGUGCGCCCCGUCGCUGCCGGAGCCGUACUCUCUUGACGACGUUGUUCUCCAGCCCUUUUCCGCGGCGGCGUCGUCGAUGCCCGCCGGUGCGUGGGAUCAAGACACAUCCCUCGUUGCGGUGUCUGGAGCUGUUGCACCAGAGUCGCGGCGUAGUAGCCCCGCCGCGCCUCUCUCUGGGGUUGGUGCUGCCAGCGUACCACCCACGGACAUGUGGACGCCGGCACUACCACCGCUGCUGACUCCUACGCUGGCGCCUACAUUUCACAGUAUGGUGGAAGAUGCACUGAGUGUGGAGAUGCUGCGAGAAAGCUACGCCGCCCAGCUCCAGAAGAAUUGCCAGCAUUACUCGGUUGUUGAGGGUUUGCGGUGCACUUCAGAUGGAGCCGCCGCUCGCGCUGGGUCUUGUCGCGGCAGCGAUGCAGGUGGCCCAAAAGUGUUCUCUGCCAUUGACGCGGUCCAUUUUGGACAUUCAAGGAGCGCGCCGCUGCCAAGUCUUGCACUGUCUUCCCCUAUCCACCCCUACCUCAGCGCCGCAAGGGCGCGCACUAGUGUUGCGCACAAAGCUCCAGCAGAUGAACUAUCGUCUGCUGCAACGUUGUCGUCGCUGCUGCAUUCUUCGGCAACGACAGCGAUGGCGGCGGCACGACCGUCUUACGGCGCUGCUCUCUUGCGCAAACGCCCGCCUGGCACGCAGGCAGACCACAGGGAAGGGUGUCGCUUGCAUCUGCCGGCGCAAAAGCGGGUGCAGCCCUCUUCAUCCCAAUCCCUCUCCGAACGACGUGCCCACGACAGAUGGGAGGCUGUGCCCCCUAUGUCGCCGCUCUCGUCCUGCGGCUGUGCCUCGACUGCAACCGCGAGCGGCAAAACGGGCCCGAGCAAGUCUUACACCACCGUCCCUUUUAGUGCGUCGGCGAAGUGCCACCACGGCACGGGCGUGAGUGACUGCACCGGUCGCCCACACGCGAUUUCUAUUGCGGCGUCUUCUGCCGUGGGGAAAGGCGGCGAGGCAGCAGCGACCAACAAGCCCGCUGGCGGCGGCGCAACUGUCUCGAAUGCUGGAGUGGCUCCUCCACGUGGACAGACGAAGGUGGAAGCCUCCGUGGCACUGCCUUGCUACGCCCCUGACAGUGCCUCUAGUAGCGGAGAGGACGAGGACACAUUUUUCGACCCCCCAUGCGGCCUUUCAAGAAAGGUACUCCAAACAAUACAACCAGAGCCGGCCACCGAGCCGGUGCGAAAGCCAGCGGCACAGAAGCAGGGGAAGACCGCCAGAAACACGGCGCCGACCACGAGGUCCUCUGGUAGUGCUGCUUGUGCCCCUGCGACUGGAUCCGCAGCUUCACCAGCUGCCGAGUCUCACCUGCCUCGCUACGUCUAUCCAGCUUUGGAGGAAUGCCGUCGCUUGCUGAACGAGAUCCGCAUCGUCAGCCCGUUGAUGCGUCGCUGCCUUACCCCACCGCGACCCCUGGAGAGCUCCUCUGGCGGCGGCAGCGGUGCUGCCACAGCUGCUUCGGCUCCCUCUACAUUCUCGUCAGCACGCGCGCCAUCAAGAAACAUUCCUGCACCGCCACAGGGUAACGCCUUUCCCUUUCUUGCUGCAGCCGCCACCGCCGCUGCCCCACCAAAGCGAGCAACUCUUGCUCCAAGGCCUGAGGCGCGCCGGCUGUACCACUGGGACGCGGCCACCGCCGCCGAGGACCUCGCAUUCAUGCGUGGGCCGUUCCAGCAGUCCUCGGAGCGCUUCACCACCUCUGUAGCCGGCCAACUGCAGCGCCUACAAGCUCUCGGGAUACGCCUCUAUGGCAAAGACUAUGACACAUCGACCUCUCAGGCCGAGGUGCACGCCCCCGCUAGGGGGAGGUGGUCGUUGCCUUCUGCAGCACCUUUGGCCUCGCCCUGGGACUCUGCAGUGCUCCAUUUUGAUGAUGACCAGUGCGACCGUGCGGACAACAACGUUGCAGAGCUGCCCUCUGAGCGUCUGCGGCGUCUCUUGCGGGAGACGGAGGCGGCGCUUCCAUCCUUGCUGGAACGCGAAGCACAGCCACCGCUCUCCGCUACCCCCGCCACCGCCUUGCUUGCCCCAUUCUCCUCUUCAAUCCGCUAUGCUCGCGAUAGCAGGAAUGACUACAGCCACAGCGCCCAUGAUGGUGCUGCCACGGGUCGCGCAGCCGGCGUGUUCACGCCGCCGAUGGAGAACCUGCUUCCCUUCUCAUCCAUCUCCGGCUCUUUGACGCCAGCCCGGCCAGCGAUGCUAUCGUCCCUCUCGUAUGGCGAGUAG